GUUCGAAGCUGUCCCAAUUGUCUCCUUCCUACGCUCCCUUCCCCUCCCCUCCUCACUUGCCUUCCCAAUCGUCGCCUUCUCUUCUCACGAAUCCUAAAACCCUAAUUGCAACCGGUGAUCCUUUCCGAUUCCAAUGCGUUGAAAGACCCAACUUCACAAAACAGCCAAAAGAAGAUGCUUUCCUUCGCUUGCGUUCGGUUUUUACUGUUUUCUUGUCUCUCGUUUAUCUCCGUACUUACAGCGACCUCUGCGUCCAGUUCGGGCUCUGGGAAAUCGUCUAUAUAUGAUGUUCUUCACGACCAUGGCCUCCCCGAGGGUGUGCUUCCGAAGGGCGUGAAGGAAUUCGGCAUCGAUGGGGAGGGUCGAUUCUGGGUGCAUUUGGAUCAAGCUUGUAAUGCCCAGUUCGAGAACGAAUUGCACUUUGAACGAAACGUUUCGGGCACUUUGAGUUACGGACAGAUCGGGGCGUUAUCGGGAAUAUCGGCUCAGGAUCUCUUUCUCUGGUUCCCAGUGAAAGGUAUUCGUGUGGAUGUGCCGAAUUCUGGGUUGAUUUAUUUUGAUGUAGGUGUUGUCCGCAAGCAAUUUUCUAUGUCCCUGUUCGAGACGCCCCGGGAUUGUGUAGCCGUUCGGAAUGAGGAUGUAGUUGGCUUUCAAGAUGGGAGAUUCAUGGCUGAAGCUGUUUCCAAGGGUAAAUCUUCUAAACUCCGAUAUCGGUUUGACCAGGAAAAACCAGAAAAUAUUGCAAGAAAUGUACUGUAAACCCUGUAAGUGAAGAACUAGUGCAGUAGAGGCAGUCCCUGCAUCUCUAUGUGAUUAUUUAGCAGGAACUCGGAAAAGGCGACGACAGGAUGACUUUGAAGGAUCAAGUGUGUUCUGAAAUUGACAAGGCUAGAUGAGAGCAUUGGUUUCGAUGAAUUCAGGUGACGAGUCUGUGAAGAAUCAUGUUGAAAGUUAUAAUAUAUAUUGGUGUAUUUUACCGAGGCAAUUUUGUAAUAGAACUUUGUAAUAAACAGUAUUAUAUAGCGCUUUGUGAUAUAUAAAGAUUCAUCCAGAAAAUUUUGCAUCCUUUAGCAAGAACUAUAUUUUACCUGCCCUGUGCAUAGUCCUUUUGUCAUGCCUCCCUUUGUCAAUGAAGAAUCAACAACAAGAAGUCUUUUCCAGUUAUCCCACUAAAUAGAGUUGACUACAUGGAUCACAUAAUGCAAUUGUGCUUUAUCAACAACCAAUGAAUCAUCAGUGCCAUGAAUUCUUUUGGCAUUCCAUGUUUUCUGGCCUUUUACUGUUCAUUAGCAUUAGUGGUGUAAUACCAUUUCUUAAUGACAGUUGAAGUUUGACUAGUUUCUGAUGAUGUAAAUUCAAUGAGUUAAUUGUAGAUUUGUAGUUUGCUUUAAUUGGCAAGCACCAGGCCUUGUAAGUGUCGAUGUAUAUUCUGAUCAGCUGCCUCCACUAGGGACUCAACUUUAUAUUAAUUUCAGUGUCCUGUAUAUUUCA